AUAGAUCAUAAUGUGUUGUAUAAACUUUCUGGUUGUGUUCAAAGAGUUCGCUAUAAACCCCAGUGUGAUCAUAUUGUUGUAACUGUACCCUUGGUACAGUGUAUAUGCAACAUAGCUAUCUUCCAAACCCCCACUCCCUGGGGCCGCCCCAACUGUUAACUGAAGUAAAUUGUUUUUUAAACUUUAAAAAAGGCUUUUUCAGUCAAGCUUCCUCCAGAGCAGGUUGAUGAGGAUUUCCUUCUGUCUGGCGUCUUUUUCCUGUCUUUAUGUCUUUUUGCUGCAGAGGGGUUUUCUCAGUGGUUUGUUGUUACUGACAGAAGCUGAUGAAGGCUCACCCAGUGAAUUAGUAAAAUAGUUCCAUGUCUGUGCUGCAUCUUGCAUUUAUGUUAAUUAAAAAUUAGUACAAGUCAAUUCCUGGACUGUUUUUAUAAGUAGUUCAUUACAGCUGUCAUUGCUGCUUCUAAUGAAGAUUGAAGCUUUAAAAAUCACAGGGUUUCCUGCCUUACACUAAACCAGUAUAAAAUGUUGUUCGUUCAGUAUUGAAUGCCUUCAGAAUUUAGGUUCGCUUAACUAUUUUAAUUCCUUUUAAAUGCUAAGGUAAAGGUAAUCUCAUUCAGGUUAUAUUAAGCUAAAAAUAUAGAUGUGUUUGUGUACUUGUGGAUCUGUCAUGCAUUUCAUCCAAAUGUCUUAAAAAGUUGUAAGUUACAUCUUUACAAACACAUUACAAAGCUUCAUAAGAAUUCAGUGACAACAACCAAAUGUGUUUAUUUUUCCAAUCAUCAGUAAAAAAAGGUAUCUUUCUACUUCAUCUGGCAAAAUAACCACUCUUGAUUCUUGUUAUCUGAGUCAUUGCUCAGCAUGUCUGUUCAGCGCUGAUACUUUUAUGUUCUAUAGCUUCUGAUAUGUGCCUGUCUGUGGCUGGAAGUGACACGAGCUGAAUUUGGUUUCACUGCAUGUACAGCAGCAAAUAUACCUGUCGUGGUGUAUUUAUACAGCAUGGGCAUACGCUGCAUAAAUAAUACUUGCAGUUUUAGUUGUGUGGAGAGUUUUUUCGGACUUUGAAAUUCAUUUUGACUGAUAGCUGCUGACUUAUCUAUUGACUGUGGCUCUCCUACUUUCUGCAGGGAAAAUAACUUUCCAGUGAAGCAAAAGUGAAGGUGAUUCAGUGGUGGUAAAAAGGAGAAUCAGCAGCACAGCUUGUCUGUGCACUUGACCUGAGCUGUCUUGCCAUAAAAUGACACUUUACUGAAGAGCGUAAGUCACCCUGGAAGAAGUUCCUUCCGUCUGAGCUUUACGUGAACAACUCCAUUUUACGAGGAGGAGGAUCUGUCAGCCGCCUUAGCUCUACAAUGGGGACUACAGGUGACGACAUGGCUUCAGUGGAGCAGAAUGCCUCCUUGAACCCUCUGUGCUUCGAGUGUGGCCAGCAGCACUGGACAAGGGAGAACCACCUCUACAACUACCAGAAUGAAGUGGAUGAUGACUUGGUCUGCCACAUUUGCCUUCAGCCCUUGUUGCAGCCGUUGGACACUCCCUGUGGACACACUUUCUGCUACAAGUGCCUAAGGAACUUUCUGCAGGAGAAGGAUUUCUGCCCGCUGGAUCGAAAAAGACUGCAUUUUAAACUCUGCAAAAAAUCCAGCAUUCUUGUUCAUAAACUGUUAGACAAGCUGUUUGUUUUGUGCCCCUUCUCUUCUGUGUGUCAGGAAGUCAUGCAGCGAUGUGACCUGGCAGCACAUCUCAAAAACAGGUGUCCUGGGGCUUCUCAUCGAAGGGUUGCUCUAGAGAGAAGGAGAACAAGCAAGCUGCAAGCAGAAGCAGAGGGUGAGAGUGGUCCUGGUGGGAUGGAGCAGCCUACCAGUUUAUCUCCGGAUGCAGAUCAGGGAAUAGUGCCAGCCGAGCAGAGCUUCACCUCGCCUGCCCUUCCUGCAUGGACAGAUGAGCCUAGCAUCGACAAUCCACCUUUUGAGGAGAACACUGUAGCAGACACAAAUCAACAGCCACCUACCUUGCCUGAAGGAGAGAUCACUACUAUUGAAAUUCAUCGGUCCAAUCCUUAUAUCGAAUUAGGAAUUAGCAUAGUGGGUGGCAAUGAAACGCCUUUGAUCAACAUUGUCAUUCAGGAGGUUUAUCGAGAUGGGAUCAUUGCCAGAGAUGGAAGACUUCUUGCUGGAGACCAAAUACUUCAAGUCAACAGCUUUGACAUAAGCAAUGUGUCCCACAACCACGCUCGAGCUGUGCUCUCCCAGCCUUGCUCAGUGCUGCACCUCACCGUGCUGCGAGAGAGGCGGUAUGGGAGCCGCACGCACAACCACGCGGACACCACCAGCUCCUUGCGGGAAGACAGCUUUCAAGUGACACUGCACAAACGCGACUCCAGCGAGCAGCUUGGCAUCAAACUUGUGCGCAGAACAGAUGAGCCAGGAGUUUUUAUUCUUGACCUUUUGGAAGGGGGGUUGGCUGCUCAAGACGGCAGGCUCUGCAGCAACGACCGCGUACUUGCAAUUAAUGGGCAUGACUUGAAGCACGGGACACCUGAGCUUGCUGCUCAGGUUAUACAGGCUAGUGGGGAGAGAGUGAAUUUGAUCAUCUCUAGACCCCUGAAGUCACAGACGGUCAGUAUUAUCCGAGACACUGGGACUCACAACAGCAACCCACACCAACACCAGUCCCAGCAGCUGUUUCACAGCAGACCUAACUCACAUAAGGAUCUCUCCCAGUGUGUUACAUGCCAAGAAAAGCACAUUACUGUGAAAAAAGAGCCACAUGAAUCUCUGGGAAUGACAGUGGCAGGAGGCAGAGGCAGCAAAAGUGGCGAACUGCCCAUCUUCGUGACAAGCGUACAGCCUCACGGGUGUUUGGCAAGAGAUGGCAGGAUUAAACGAGGUGAUGUGCUGCUGGACAUCAACGGCAUUGAUUUGACUAACCUAAGUCACAGCGAGGCGGUGGCCAUGCUGAAAGCUAGUGCUGCUUCUUCAGUAGUCGCCCUGAAAGCCCUGGAAGUCCAGAUUGUAGAAGAACAGCCCCAGGCUAAUGAAGAGCAAUUGAGUACCAUCAGUGAAAAUGAAUAUGAUGCCAGCUGGUCACCAUCAUGGGUCAUGUGGCUGGGACUUCCAAGCUGCCUCCAUAGCUGCCAUGACGUGGUACUGCGGCGGAGCAAUUUAGGGAGUUGGGGUUUCAGCAUUGUCGGUGGCUACGAGGAGAACCACACGAACCAGCCUUUCUUCAUUAAAACCAUUGUUCUUGGAACUCCUGCGUACUUUGAUGGAAGAUUAAAGUGUGGUGAUAUGAUUGUUGCUGUAAACGGACUAUCCACAGUUGGAAUGAGCCAUUCUGCCCUUGUUCCCAUGCUGAAGGAGCAGAGGAAUAAAGUAACUUUAACCGUGAUUUGCUGGCCUGGAAGCCUCAUAUAGAUUUGUGAAUCGCUUUGGUUCAAGCAGCAUCUUUUUCUUAGAUAGCUGGCACAAAAGUCUCCUCUAUCUUCUUUUUCCCUAUUGAUACAGCUGGUUAUAAGCAGGGCCAAAACUGCUGUAUUUUUCUUUUUUUACGGGCCUCUCAGACUUAGUCUAUAUAUCUUUCUAUCCUGAAAUAGCCAUUUCUGUUUGCUAUGUAUCUAUUGCUGACGCAAAUGCAAAUAUACACGAGCCCACGGAGAAACUCCCACGCUGAUACGGCUGCCAUUGAGCUUUCCCCAUCAGGCUUGUAAAGUUAGCAGAAGAACUUAGUGGUUCUUUGGGUUUCUCUGCACAGUCCUCAAAUGUAUAUAGAAAUGUAAUAGCCAUGUGCCCGUUCUUCCCUUCAAAAAGAACAUGUGUCAGUACCAGAAUGACACAUCUAUCUGCUGCUAUGAAUCAAAAUCCGUUUCCAAAGGUACGUCUUUUCAUUUCGUAAGCCUUUCCAAUUUUGAUUCAGUAUUUCAGACUGAUUCAAGCAAUCCAUCUUACCAGAAAUUACUUGGUCCCCCAGAUUUUUCAUGCAGGGCAUCAGUGUUCAUAGAAAAGUAGGACAAAAGCCUGAUAUUACUGGAAUUUUUAUAAAGUGCAAUAAUUGGACUCUUUGUUAGGAAACUUUAAUAUAUUACAGAGUUUGUAUCCUAUAAUGACUAGAAAUAUGGAAGUAAUUACUGUUGCAACGCUGGCAAGAAUACACAUGCCCGAGGUCGCCUUUGAGUGAGUGGCUUGCGGUAUUAGACUUUACUUUACAAAUGAAUGUUUUGCUAUGUCAGAGAAUUUUGAUGAACAUUUUUACAAAGAUCAUUUUUACCGUUUCUAUUGUAGUUGUCAGCUCCCUUUGUUUGUGUGUGGAAAAAAUACUUUGACUUGUACUUUCUAAAAGAGAGAAUUAUUUCCAGGGAAAAAGCAAGCUAUUAAGAAACCACACGCUAUGGUUUACAAGUGGGCAGGCUAGAAGGAAGGCUCUUUGAAUUCAAGGCUGACUGCAAAGUAAGCUGCAAAGUUCACGCUUAUUCUGUCACCCCCUGGCAAAUGUGCAAAUGCCUUGAUACCAAAUGCUGGAACCAUCUCUCUUGCAUUUCAGGAUAUUAUUUUACUUUCCUUUAGAGAGCACCUGCUAUUAAGUUGUCAGUAGAGUAAUACUGUUUCUCUUGGAUUGUAUUUAGUAUUUUUACAAGCCAACCUGUAACUUCUAGACUUUGCCUUUCCAUGAUAUUUGCAGGCUAAGCACCCAUUUGUUUAAGAAAAGAGGGAUGGAGCACAGAAAGAAACGUACUGACCUGGAGCUAACCCUGUGUGUUGUCAGUGUUCUGCAUAUUUGAAAAAGAGCUUCAUUUAUAAAGCAGGUUCCCAACCUGAACUGAUUUUAUGAAUGACCUCUGUAUCGUAGUGUUCAUUACCAGAGAAUGUAUUUGAGAAUCACAGCAUAUUACAAUUGUGAAGCAUGAGCUUUAUUUUCCAAUUUAGCUGGUAUAAUAUUGGGGCAUAUUAUCGCAUGUCAUUAAUCCUGGCAGCUUUGUUUUCAAAAGAAAUAAAGUUACUCUGUUGCAAAAAAAACCCCUGUACAAAUCUCAUACGAAUGAAGUGGUUUUAUUUCUCUCUAUAAUGUAUCAGUUUCAUUUCAUAACAUUAAAACACUAAAGAAUGUCCUCUGCAGUAUAUUACUGUACCGAGAAUCUUUGUUUCUGAAGCAAACACCAAACUUGAUACUCUUAAUUGAUUUGAGAACCAGUUUCCUCCCAUCCCCACAUGCUGUUUAACUGUAUGCUUUGCUGUUAAUGCAGAUUUUUUUUUUGGUAAAGUACAUCUUAGUGUAGAGUUUAGGGAAGAUUUUGACAUAUGUACUAGAUCUAAUGUUGUUUUGGGAUUUUUUUUUUUUAAUUUUGUUUUUAAAAUUACACUUCUCAUUCAAAACCCUGCAAAACUCAGAUUUUUAGGAAUUUUUUUGUCCUCUUUUAUAUGUGUAUGUAACAAAAGCAUGGGUUAGCUUAAACUGUGCAGUUUUGUUUCUGUGUGCUGUAGCUUUUGAUCAGAAUGUUUAGCGAGAAAACCCUUCUGAAUUAAUUCCUCUCCUGAAUCAUUUUCCCCUCUUUCUCUUGUAGCUGCAUAGUUGGGUUUGAUUUUCUGUGCCUUCUGUUUUAAAUUAUUUCAAGAUUAUUUUUCUUUCCAGAUAUUGCUAUCUAAUUGUAUGGUAUUAAUGAAGGAUGAGUGAAAAUAAAAGUUCAUUCUGCUCAUUGUAA